AUGGACGACAACGAGUUCGAAUUUCCGCCGGACCAGCUCGACGACGUCAUCGCGAAGCGGCUCUCACCUUACCAAACGGCAAUGCCAAACCCGCUGCAGACGUCGUUUGCAUACCCCGUCGAUAACGUGCCACUUAGCAUGCUGGCACAGAUUCCACUUGAGCACCUGCCGCCGACCCUGCCCAAGAACCCGCAGAACUUCUCCAUUGGGCAGGUGUUGCGCGGCGCUCUCUCCACGUCGCAUAUGCGCGCUCCUCCAGGAGGCAGCGGUAUAUCCCGUCCCGGUGCCAGUGUGGCGCCACUUCCGCACUCUCAACGUCUGCACCAGCACAGCCCGACGCACUCGCCGUAUCUCAUAGCGGGUCCCCCUCCACACCACUCGGCCACGUCAGACGAAGAGGAGCGAGACGGUGGCGCGGAAGACGCGUUUCAGCUCGGCAAGGAGGGUAUCGCAGAAGCGCAUGGUGGCAGCACGUUGGACUCGACGGAGCUGCAGAUGCGCGUGCGCCGCCCCUCCAACCGGCAGGCGCGCAUCGACUGGAGCGAGGCGGAGGUGCGCAGCUUCUACCAGGCGCUCUCCCAGUACGGAACAGACUUCAGCGCGAUCGCCGUGCUCUUCCCUGGCCGCACCCGCAGAGACAUAAAGCGGCUGUAUCAGCGUGAAAUGCGUCAGAAGCCAAAAGAGGUGCAGGCGGCUCUCAGCCAAAAACACCCUAUCGACAUGGCCGUCUUCGAGGUACGCUACGAAGCGAAAAAGAAGGAGGCGCAGCAGCUGGUGAAGACAAAGAAGCUGAACGCCGAAGAGCUGGCCUUCCUAGACGAAAUUGCAGGCGGGCAGCCAUCGGAGAGCGCUGUACCCGUGAAGAGUGAAGAGCUCGAGGCGCCGGUACCAGCGGCUACACUCGGGGAUGUGGAGGAAACAACUGCCGCGCCGCCAUCUCGUCCGCACAAGCGCCGACGUGAGACACAUGACAUGGAGGCCAAAGACGGACUGGAGGCGAAACCAGCAACGAACGACACCGCCCCUGCCGCUGACGACGACUUUGACAUGGCGCAGGAGUCACUUUUCGACAUGGUCAUGCAUCGCGAGUGCGAAGACAAGGCAUCGCUGGACAUACUGUUCGCGGCACAGCUACAUCAGGGGCAGCAGCAGGCCGCCCUGGAGGACUCAGAGUUCUCUUUGUGA